CAGAACUACUGCACUUGUCACAGGCAGGGCUUGUGUUUUUGUUUUUUGGGGGGUUUUUAAUAUAUAAAUGUAUCCAACAACUUGGAGCAUAAAACAAAUCAAUACAGUCAUAACUCAAAUACUCCUUCCAGAAAGCGAAGCAAAACCUGGACAACUCUGCCUUAGUAGUCACCUCCAGCUAAAGCAUAAAACGAAAUUCACUCAUUUGGCUGGGCAGGGCUCGCGUUUUCCAACUUCAAAGCACACCGCAAACAACCGCGACCCCCGCGCAGACCCUGCGCCCCCGCCUGCGCCUCCCCCGCCCCGGGCGCGCUCUGCGGGAACGGCUCGUCUGCCCAGGGAUGCCAGGAGCAGGGCGCCGGCUUCCCCCCCCGCCACUGCGCAUAUGCAGGAGCUCGCGCCCCCUAUUUCUGACCGUCCUUCCACCUUCCAGGGCCCACGUGCGCUCGGCUCUGCGGAGGGAUUGGCUGCGCGGGCGCUUCCGGGUGGUGCGUCCGGGGCAGGCAUGUUGGUGCUGGUACUAGGAGAUCUUCACAUCCCACAUCGAUGCAGCAGCCUCCCAGCCAAAUUCAAAAAGCUGCUGGUUCCAGGAAAGAUCCAGCACAUCCUCUGCACUGGAAACCUUUGCACUAAGGAGAGCUAUGACUACCUCAAAACUCUGACUGCGGAUGUUCACGUAGUUCGAGGGGACUUUGAUGAGGAACAUCAUUCCUUCAUUUGUCCUGAUGGACAUCCAGGCAUCCAUAAUUGUGACUUAUGUAUAUCAACUAACUGGGGAUGACGUGAAAGUAGAAAGAAUUGAAUAUAAAAAAUCCUAAGGAGCUGUCAGUGUCGUGGUACUUCUUACCACUCCUUGUCUUCUUCCAGUCAGGUCAACCCACUAAGUAAUUAGGUCUGUGGAUGUCAUUGCAGCACUUGUGACUUUUUUUACACCUAAAAAAGCCACUACCACUUUAUUCUUUAUUGUUUGUAAGCUUAUUGUAACUUAAUCAUCCUCACUUACUGUUUAAAUUUGCAAGCUCUAGUGUGCCACUGAACUACCUCCUUUGUACAAAAUAGCUUGCAAGUAUCCAGUGUUAACAGAGAUGGGGUGUGUGUGAUGUGAAUGCAUGGGUAUGUUGUAGUAGUUUGGUUCUGAACCAAUUACACCAUUCUGACAGUAUUUAAAUAAACACUCUCUCAUGUA